AUGGCAAAUACAUAUGACGAAUUAUAUGUACCUUUAAGUUAUUAUAUUUUGCACAAUGAUGGAAAUAUAGAUAAUUCUGGAACUAGCCAAGGUGCCAAAAAAGGAAAUAAAAAAAAAGAAGUUGGAAAGUCAUCUCUAAUUAUUGAUAUAAAGCCUUAUGGAGAAGAUACAAACUUAGAUGAAGUACUAAAACUUGUAAAAGAAAUUGAGAUGGAAGGAUUAACUUGGGGAAAAGCCCAUAAAAAAACUCCCUUUGCUUUUGGGCUUUUUAAAUUACAAGUUUCUUGUAUUAUUGUUGACGAUUUAGUUAACACAGACGAGCUUAUUGAAUUAAUUGAAAAUGUGGGAUUAAGUGAUGAGGAUUGCAAAAAAAAAAAAGAAUUACAAGAACAAAUGAAUGAGGACGAAGAUGUUGAAGACACAAUUGAGGGGCUUGUUCAAUCAGCCGAAAUUAUAUCAUUUAAUAAAUUAUAA